ACCAAAACCCAAUUGGUUUCCAACAUCACUCACAUAAUUUCCCAUGUCCACCUACCAGAACGAACAAUCACUCCCGUCACUCCCGGUACCCGAGCUCUCCUCCACCGUGCACCAGCUCCUCAUAGCCCUCCAACCCCUAGUCUCCUCCGAAGAAUAUAGCCAACUCCUCAAUGAAUCCACCGAGUUCCUCAACAACCACCUCGUCAAUACCAUCCAAACCAAUUUCCUCGCCGCCCGCCACAACCCGCGACACUCGUGCUACCUCAACUGCAUCAAUGAUGAGUUCCACCCGGGCAUCUACGGCGAGUUGAGAGGUGAUGUGCUCCCUCGAAACCCCUACUUGGUACUCCAGGAGGAUCCAUACUCCAAGUUCAUGAACCCACCCAACCAGUCACAACGGGCCGCCAACUUGGUCAACUCGUCGCUCAAGUUCAUCGUCAGCUUGCGCAACGAAACACUCCCGCCCGACCUUACUCCCCGAAACAAAAACCCUCUUACCAUGAACUGCUACCGAAACUUGUUUGGGUCCACCCGUGUGCCCGACAUGGCCGAGUCGCCCCAUGCGUACCACCAGAUCUCCAUCAAAACUCUGCGAGACCCUGUCCACUCCAACCACAUCGUGGUGGUGUCGUGCAACCAAUUCUACUACUUGCCGGUAUUGAGCGAGCACCAGGAAAUUUUCUUCAACGACUACGACCUCCUGUUGAUUUUCCAACAAAUCCUCGACGAGCUGACCCGCUUCGACGUGGUGGAGUCCAUCAACAAUGCCAUCGGGGCCUUGACCACCCAGAACUACUCGCACUGGAAAUGGGGCCGCGCUGAGCUCAUGAGGUCCAAUGCCCUGAGCUUGGACUUGAUUGACAAGGCUCUUUUCGUGGUGGUGUUGGACCCCAACAGUCCUACCACCGACCAGGACAAAACCAUGGUAAUCAGCCACGGUACGUCGGUGUUAUCGUCCAACAACGCCCAGGGGGGCUCUUGUACCUCGCGGUGGUACGACAAGUUGCAGCUCAUUGUCACCAAAAACUCGGUGGCUGGGGUCGUGUGGGAGUGUACGUCGCUGGACUCCACCGCCAUCUUGCGCUUCAUCAGCGACAUCUACACCGAUUCCAUUUUGAAGUUGGCCAAAAAUAUCAAUGCCAUUGAGUACAGUUUGUUUGGUGAUGUGCGGUUUGUGUCCAACAAGUUACCUAAACCUUCAUUCCAACGGUUGGUGUUCAAAAAGACCCCUGAGCUUUCGAACUUGAUCCACUUGUCUGAAACCAGACUUGCAGACUUGAUCAACCAGCACAGUUAUACCUCCAUUAAGAUUAAGCUCAACACUGAGUUGUUGAACAGCUAUGGUGUUUCCACCGACUCGUUCUUGCAAGUGUGUAUUCAGAUUGCAAACUACUCGUUGUAUGGUAAGGUUUCCAACACCCUUGAGCCCAUCACAACCCGCAAAUUCAAGGACCUGCGGACGGAGAUGAUCGCGGUGCAAAAUGAUGAGAUUGCUAACUUGGUCAAGUUGUUCAUCACCAACUCAUCCAGAGCAGAAAAAUGGCUGCUUUUCGAGCGGUGCUGCAAAAUCCACUUGAAGCAGUACACCGACGCCAUGCAGGGAAAGGGCUUUGAACGACAUUUGACGUCGUUGCUUCACGUGAUCAAGUCUCCCAAAGCAUCCGAGUUCUUAAACACCCUCAACGCUCAGGCUGGGGUCGAAAAGCUUCCCGAAUUCGACGUCUUAAGACUGCAGUACGUGCCACUUUUGUCGAAUCCCAUCUUGAAUAGAAUCUUGUCUCCCGAAUUGUUGAUAUCUAAUUGCGGAAACCCAGCGUUGUACCUUUUUGGGAUUCCUCCGCCCACAGACCAGGGCUUUGGCAUUGGGUACGUGAUCCACAAGGAUAAGGUUCUCUUGACGUUGUGCUCCAAAUUCAGGCAAAAUGAGCGGUUCUUGAGCACCCUUGUCAAGAUCAUCAACGAAGUCAAGGCAAUGGUGGUGUCACGGUCCGACUUCUUGGUAGAAAUCAACAAGGAUAAUGACUAUAGGAUCCAUGAGUUGCAAAAGCUCCGGGUGGAGCAGGAGUUGAAGAACUUGAACUUUGAUUCUCCUUCCACCAAACACCCCAUUGAGAUAUCCGUCGAUCUGUUCACCAUUCCGUUGGAUAUGUCACUCAAGCAUCAGGCUGCUCCCGAUACCGAUGACGAGUUGGACUAUGAAUCGUCCAAUUCCAACAAUAGUGCCGAGUUCGACUACCUUGGAGGGUAUGGAUACUUUGACUUCGGCGAGUUAGACUCUAGAAACAUUGAACUCAACCGCUCACAGAGCUUUCUCAAUAGUCCUUCCAAUCUUUCCAGUUUGUCGUCCAGAAAUCCUUCCCAGCACAACUUGUCGGUGUUGGCGAAGAACCUUGAUCUCAAAGAGAAACACGAUUUGAACGAGCGGAUCCGGGAAAAACUCAACAAAAGUGCUGACGACUUACCUCGCUUUAAGUCCCCCGAGUCACCUACUGUCAAAGAUCCGCAAAUAGAAAAAGGCAACCCCAAACACAAAAUAGGUAGACCACUAAACAUCUCUAAGUAAGUAUUUUUCGCAGCAAAUCGAACACAACUUUCAACAAA